AUGGAUGGACUCAUUUUCCUCUUUGCCUACGUUGUUGCAAUAAAAGAGGUUUCUAUCGAGAGAUAUUGGCUGCUAUUUAUCGACUUCAUUUAUUUUGCUUGUGGUUCUCUAUCUCGUUACAAAUCUUUCAAGUAUUAUGGAAUAAAAUGUUCGACGGUAACGACUGCAUGUGCAGAAAUAUACGGUAAAACCAACGUAGCAGUUGAUAAGUGA